GAGCUGCUCUCAUUCGCUUAGGAAACAUCUUCAAUUAGGAAUAAUACGUGCUCCUAUUUGCGAAUUACAAUCUUACUUUUUUCGAAGAAAAUCGAACGUGUAACAUAUAAAAAUAUAUUUUAGUUUUUCAGUGGGUUAUAAAAACCAUAUAUUUUGUGUAUUAACAAAAUAAAACAAAAGCUAACAAUGGUGGAUGCCGAUGGAACUGUGUGCCCUGUCACAAAGGCAAUUCCUACCGCCUGCGCUAGAGAAGUGGUUAUAAACGGUCUUUCUGGCCAUAUAGAUGGUGUUAUGCAGGACGGAAAAUGCAUGAAAGGUGCUAGGUCCCCUGAGGAGAGGGAGGCUAUGCUGACCGGCGAUGUGAAGCCGAUCCAGACACGCGUUUACUGGAACCGGUUCGUCAUUCUGAUCGUGUUCAGCCUGUACUCCAUGGUGAACGCCUUUCAGUGGAUCCAGUACAGCAUUAUCGCCAACAUCUUCUGUUAUUUUUACCAAGUCUCCUACGAGCAGAUCGACUGGCUCUCGGUGGUCUAUAUGCUCGUCUACGUCCCCCUCAUCUUCCCCGCCGCCUGGCUGCUCGAUAAGAAAGGCUUGCGGACUGUGGCGCUACUGGGCUCCGGCCUCAACUGCAUCGGAGCCUGGAUUAAGAUCGCCAGCGUGAGGCAGGACCUGUUCGGAGUGACCAUGUUCGCCCAGACGGUCUGCUCCAUCGCUCAGAUUUUUAUCCUUGGCCUGCCCUCUAGGGUAGCAUCAGUAUGGUUCGGGCCCAAGGAGGUGUCGACAGCGUGUGCUACCGCCGUCCUGGGCAAUCAGUUGGGUGUGGCUUUUGGAUUUCUUUUACCUCCAAUUUUGGUGCCUAAUACUAGAGACGAUCUUAACGUUAUGGCAAAAAAUAUAAGUAUAUUGUUCUAUGGGACAGCAGCAAUAGCCACAGUGCUCUUCUUCAUGGUUGUAGCAGUAUUCAAGGAAAAGCCUCCACUUCCUCCAAGUCAGUCUCAAGCUGUGCUUCUAGACACUCCUAAUGACUAUUCUUACAAACAAUCAAUUGUAAACUUGUUCAAGAAUGUUCCAUUUGUGCUACUACUACUAAGUUAUGGUAUUCUGACAGGCUCCUAUUACUCUGUAGGAACACUAUUAAAUCAGAUGAUCAUUACUUACUAUGAGGGUGAAGAAUUAAAUGCUGGCAGAAUUGGACUGACGUUAGUGGUAUCAGGGAUGGUAGGUUCCAUCAUCUCUGGUUGCUGGGUGGACCGUACAAAGACAUACAAGCAGACUACUCUCGCAGUCUACAUUAUCUCAUUUAUUGGAAUGCUCGUUUUCACCUUCACAUUAAAUCUUGGUUACAUCCAAAUUGUCUUUGUCACAGCAGGAGCCUUGGGUUUUUUCAUGACUGGUUAUCUUCCAUUGGGAUUUGAGUUUGGUGUAGAAAUAACUUACCCAGAACCAGAGGGGACAUCAUCUGGACUCCUCAAUGCAUCUGCACAGCUAUUUGGAAUUGUGUUCACUCUGGCCCAAGGAAAGUUGAAAGCUGAUUACGGCACAUUAGCUGGAAAUCUUUUUCUUUGUUCUUGGAUCUUUGUGGGAAUCCUUCUUACAGUUUUCAUAAAAUCAGACCUAAGAAGACAACAAGCAAACGUAGCUGUAAGUGCGCAGCUUGCUGCUUGUGAUUCACUAGAAAAAGUUUCCACGUCGCAAAAUGAGCUCCGUGCACCAGCAGAAACCGCAAUCUAAUUAAAAUGGGAGAAUAGCUAGCAGUGGUAUAACGCACAACUAGUACAUAGCACUGAAAAAAAUAUGAACAGCUGCUAAGGGUGCAAUGGUUAGAAAACUGUGAUAAUUUAUUAACGGUGACCAAUAUUUAUUAGAAGUUCUUGAUAAUUGACUCAUUUGAACAGGUUUCAAGAGCAUUACAUUGUUGUAUCCCAGUAGCCUGAGUACUUCUACAAAACAACAUGGAAUGAUCAAAUUUCCAUCUUUUAAAGUAAAAAUGCAUAAAGUCUGCUAAUGUGCAACAUUAUCAUUCUUAGUCUUCUGUCUGUCGCUCAUGUUUUCAAUAAUGUUCCAGAUUUAAGCACACUGAAUUUAUUCUGGUGAAAAUGCCCUUUUUUUAAAAAACAUGAUAAUUUUGGUUAUUGCUCUUGGAAAUGUUGGAUGAGUAUCAAGAACUGGUCAGUGUUCUGUAAAGUGAAGGAGCAGCGAGCCCUUCAAAAACUAAACUUUCUAGCCUCCUUAACAUUCUAAGAGACAUUUUAAUUUUUUUAAGUUAAAUUGUGUAUAAGUAGCUCUUGCACAAUUUGUAACAUCUGUAAAAGCAAUUUGAGUGGAAAUGCACUUGAUUCUUGUUAAAUAGUCAAAACUGUAAUGUGCUUAGCAGGUAGCUUGCACAGAUUUGAUAGGUUUUUUAUAUAUAUCUGCAAAGAGUUACAAUUUUUUUGAUCUGGAGUGAAAUUCUACAGAUGUCUGUGUAUGUAAAGAUGUUAGAGGGCAGAAAAUAUUCGCAUAACAUAAUUUGCACUUAAACCUGUUUAAUUCACAGGAAUGAAUAAGUAGGUUUAAGUUUCACAAAUUAUAUUCUCUUGAACUUCAUAUGAAGCUAGAGAGUGAUAAUUGUAUAGUUGUCCAGUGCAGUUUAUGUACUGUAAACCCCCAGUGGGUGGGGGGGAACAAAUAUCUGUUCAUCAAAAUAGAUGUGCCUUUAAUAUUGAUAACGAGAAGAUGCAACAGAUUUCAAUUAUGUAGAUAUAUUGAAUUCCAAGAACUUAUGGUCCAAAUGAUCAAACUCAUGCAAGAUCAUUAGUUCCUAGAAGAUGAAUGGUACUGUGUAUAUAUAUUGACAAUGUAGAACCAAAGCUGUUUUUUUUUCUUUUCCUUGCAUCAAUGCUAACUUAGCAAUUCUGCAUUUUCAUUCAUUUGCAAAGACUUCCAGUUCGUCGUUUAGUUGCCAGGUGACGUUGUCAAUUUAUAAAUCAGUCACUAUGGAAGUGCAUAUUGCUGUAGUUAUUUUGGUUCAAGUUUCACAUAUCUGUAUAUAAUUGUAUCAUUUUCUUCCAAGUGAUUUUAAUACACAAUGAAAUUUUUAUUUUGUAUACAAUGAUUUGUUGUGGUUUUUUUUUCCAACCCCUCUUUCCCCAGAUAGCUUGGCUGAUAUCAGGAAUUGAUUGUGUAGAGAAUUAUGUCUAUAGCUCACCAUUCUGCAGUUCAAUUUAUGAUUGCACUUGUGUCUGCUGAAGCUUUGUUGGAUGGGUGGGGUCCUACACUUAUAAAAAAUUGUUCUUUAUGUUAGUGGCAUUGCAAUGAAAAAUGAACUGUAUGUUGGAUUACUGUAGUUUGACCCAACUAUUUUAGAAGGUUGGUAUUUUGUAGUUGUUUUAUACUAAUGUCUCCUAAAUUCCUAUCUUAGGGGAGAAAAUGUCAUCUAGGUUGAAAUUGCAGUCAAAAAGAAAAACAAUUGAUAAAAUGCAUUUUAACACCAUUUUUGUUCAUACAACUGGUAGCUAUGAGUUUCUUUUAAAUAUGAGUUCUGUAAUCUCACGAGCAGGAGCUAUUUUGGUAUAAGUCCUUUCACCUCUGGUAUCUGGAUUCCAGUUUUUCCCAAACUAAAGGAGUGAAAGUCUCAUGAAUGGCAGUUUGAAGGAUCCCAAAUUAAAUAAAGUAGUUGUUUAUUCGAGGGUUUAGGUCAGGCCAUCAAAGCCAAAUUACUAGUAUAAAUUGGAAAUCUGGUUGGACAUUGUAGAAAAUGGAACAGAGAGUCUAAAGGAUGUCCUUAUGUGAUAGAAUUAAGGUGAAUCUGAGAGCUGUAUUCUGACUUUAUCAAACCUGAUCCUGAAGUAUUUUAGUUUAAAAGUACCCCAAGUGUCCCUUUCACACCUCAAAACUUCACCAAACCUAAUGCAGAAUGUGAGUAUAGAAUUUGGGACAUUACAAGUGUACUCAGUUGCCAGGUAUACUUCAGCUUGUGAUCUGGGAACACUUUUAAAUCAGCAGGUCAGAUAAUGACUGAACUGUAGUAAGUGUCCUUGAUACAGGUGGUUAGCAUAAGACCACGUUGCAGUCUGAUGACUUUUUUUAAUAAUAUCUAGUGUCAAAAAUUGUACUACUUUUAAAAAAAAUCCUUUGUGAGUAACUAAUCUGCACUUCAUUUUUGAUAGUUCCCUGAGCCUUCCAAAGUGAUCCACAAUAUUGAGUAGGUGUAUGGGAAGUAAUAACUCUCCCUCAGCCACAUUGAAUCAAAGGGCCAUACGGAAUGGAAACAGACCACUCGGUCCAACUUAUCUACCAGACAUUCCAAUCUGACCUAGUCCCACAACUCAAAUCCUCCAGUCCCAGCAACCUCCUUGCAAAUCUUUUCUGAACCCUCUCAAGUUUAACAAAGUUUUUCAUAUCAAAGAGUGACUAGAACUGUAUAUGUAUUUUGGAAAUUGUUGAUGAUUAUGCUGUUGAUUUUCAGAAUAUCAUAAAAAUGUAUUCAUUUCCAUAGGGGAAGAAACACACUCAUCCAUAUCUAACCUGGCCUGUACGUGACCCCAGAUCCACAACAACUAUUUGACUCCAAAUUGCUUUCCGAAAUGCCCUAGCAAACCAGUAAGUUGUCUCAAGGGCAGAUAGAGAUGGGCAUUAAAUUUUGGCCUUGUCAACAAAGGCUAGAUUGCAUUGUUGAAUAUUUUGAAAGUUAGUUACAAAGGUUCCCUUGAAACAGCCUUUUUUUAAUGCUGUUUUCUUGAAAGUGUACAUUAUUUUAUGGUACAGUGCACUUUGGUGAACUGUUUGGUCUCAGGUUUAUGAUAUUGAAUGGUGAAAGUCUUUGAACUUGAAUCUGGCAACGUUUUUAAUGGAAUAUUCUUUCAUGGGUGCUAUUUACAUACCCAGCUGGCCACUGUUCAUUAAAUAAAGAUAGUGAGAUUGAUUUAUUGAUCCAUCUCAGGGAUUAACACAAUUGAACCACAUGUGCUCGAGCAGGUCCAGUGAGAUUGGUAGGACCCCUUAUCCACUAGUAUCUUGACCGAGGAUGGCUAAUUUGAAGAAUUCUGGUAUUUAAUAACUGUGACUUUACUAACCAGUGUGGUUCGUGAGGAAAUUUGUCUUAACACUUUCUAUUUGUGAAAUUGAUAUAGAAAUAGCGCAGGAUGGUGGUGUGUAGAUAGAAAAUUAACCAUGAUCUUAUUGAGUGAUAGAGCAGGUUCCAGUGACUUAUCUCUGCUGCUAUUGCUGCAUGUUUAUGAAUUCUGGCAGGCAUCCAAGAGAAAUAGACAGCAAGUGUCCAACAUUAAUACAGGUGGAACACUAUCAGUUGAGUUGAUACCAUGCUGAUUUAACAGCACUCUGCUAUGCCAGGACUAGUAUUCUAAGCCACAUUGGUUUGCGAUAUAGUAUACAUUUGUCUGAGCAUAACCUCAAGCUUAUUUGUGUAGACACAUCUGGAUCUCUAUUCAGGCACCUGCAUGCAUUUUUAGCAUGAUGUGAUUGAAUAUCUUGGUAAUAAUAAGGAGUAAUAAAAAGACUACCAACAAAUUUUGACCUAACCCUGACUGCAUUGGAUCAGCACACCUGUUUUAAACCAUAUCUGAAUUGAAUUUGCAUAAGUGCAAAGCAGAAUAUGAAAUGGACAGCUGAUCCAGUCCAGUAAAUUUUCUGUCAGGUUGAAUUCUUCCUAAUAGCCACAGUUAUUAAAUGAUAAUCCACUUCCAGAAGGAUCAUUACAUUCUACAAAAGCUGCAUAACCUAUCUCUAAUCGCCAAGGGGCAGUAAGCAUGUAUGUAACUAGUAAACAUUCUCUGUCAACUUGAGAAAUAUGUCCUAAUUGAAGGUACUAUAACAAGAUCAUUGGCAAAAAAAAGAGUCAUUUGUUAAUCUAUCCAGAAGUUCAGUUUGAAAUGAAAAUUGCUGCACUCUCCCUGCAAAUGGAAACAUCUAGCUUGCAGGUAAUUUUAACAGCCUGAUCCAACAAAGACAAAAUCAAACUUCCAUCUAUUUAAAUUUGUACUAAUCUGAAAGCUAAAUGACAUUGCAAUCAUUUUUGAAAGGAAGCCAAUCUGAGAAAAUCAAGUAAAGAAUGAUUAUUUGUAUACUAACCUUUGUUUGUAUUUUAAAUUACCUUACCAUUUGAGUAUUUUCCAUUUUCGCUCAAAUAAAUGAUUUCUCAGAUGACUUCUAGUAGCAGUCCUGUUAAAUGUAUUUAAUGUGAUGAUUGAAGAUGUUUCCAGAAAUUCAGAGUUGUGCUACUUACUUGAAUGGCAGGUCCAAUGCAUGAUUAGACAAAAUUCUGUCAAUGUUUUAAUUGUAGUUUGAGUUUAACAUAUUGGUCUAACUAAAGUGAGUGUAAUAUGACUAGACAAAAUUUUUUCUACGUUGGUUGAAGUCUGUACUUGAAUAGAUUUUGCUGCUGAAUAUGUUGGAGUUGUCACAGUUCUUCAAUUUUUUUUUAACUUUUCUCUUCUAGAAUUUUAUUUGACUAUUGUCCAUGAGCUCAACUACAUCAUUGUUUGAUUCCAAUUUUUAACCAAAAAUACAGUAUAUUUAAAUUUGAUAUUUUCAAUUACCUUGUCCCUACUUUCAAUUCAUAAAAUCUUUCAAUUUGUUCAUUUGAGCCCAUUGCUAGUGUUUUUUCCAUAUUCUCUAGCUUUACUUCUUUUCAAGUAUUACCCAUUCACUUGUUGAAAAGUGAAGUUUGAAUACACAGCCAUCACUCUUCCAAGCAAUGGAUUUCAGACCAGAACUACUCCCUUUGUUUUUUUUUUCUAAUAAUCUUUAACUUGUGUCUGCUAACUAUUUACCAACUCAUCAGUGAAAUUAGUUUUCUCUAUUUACUUUAUUCUGUCUCCAGUAAAUAUUUUCCAAAUCCACACUAAGGAGGGCAGUUACAAUGCUGCCUCAUGACAAGAAAAAAAAAUUUUAGGAAAAUUUAUAUUUGCUUUCUACGGUCAAUUGUUAAAUGUCUACAUUUAUUCAACUUGUGUUUUGACAGUUUUGUGUUAUAAAUUAUCUACAAAUAUUGUUAUUUUGCCUUUAAUUGGACGGGUAGGAGUGAUCUGGCAGUGAUCUUUAUGAAAAGUGUAAAAUUAGUGCAAGCUGUGAGUUUUUUGUAGAGUGAUGUGCAAUGACAGAGAGGAUCCAAAUUAGUGGUUAUAUUUUCUCAACUCUGCCACUGUUUUAAAAAUACCUGCACUUCCUGAUUUCAGCUGUGCUAUUGAAGAACAAUCUGACAUGUUCUUUUGUUUUCCUCCUUACCCCCUUCCCUUCCAAACAAGUCCCAUUUUUUCCCCCUUCAGUACUUUGACUGGACCUGAAUUGACACAAAAAUUUUUACUAAUCGACUCCUACACCAAGAAAAUGUGUGGAAAGGCAAAUAUACUGAAAAGCCAAUUUGAAUCUCAUUUGUUAGUCGCAUUCCAGUUAAUUUUAUAUGCGAGGAAAAAGGGCUUCACUUCAUAGAACAAAAGUAUGCUUGGAUUUUUGGUAGUAAACCAAUUAUAGGAAAACGAAACUAAAAUUUAUCAUUUUUGUGCCCCCUGCAACUCUGUGUUGAGCUGUGCCCUUUUGAGCCUGUACAUUCAAAAAAUUGAGCUUUCACAACUGUAAACAAUGCAAUUGUGCAAAAUGUGUAGUACAUAUGUAUAAUUUCUGCAUACAAUGUCCAAUUGAAUUGGGUGUUCUUGUAUGUCCUGAUGGAAGAAAUGCUGUAACAAUUUUUUUGUAGCCGUGCAGUUGAAAAAAUUGACAUCAGUACAUGAUGGCUACAUGGAAUUUUUAAAAAAUGAAAUUGAAAUCUGAUGUAAUAUGAAUUCAGAAACUGCUGUAUUGUAGGCGGAAAAAAGAUCAUGGCUGUAAGACUUCCAUUUAAAUAGAUGCUGUCACUAUUGCUGUCUGUUCAGGGACGUUCCUCUCAUUAGUGAAUAAGUACAACUGUAUUCUAAAUGAAUUAAAUUUAAUAUGCAUGUUUCCUGAAGUAUUUUGUUCACUCAGCAGUCCCCACCAUAACAGUUCUUGGGAGGGUCAUAAUUCAGAUUUAUUCAGUGGCUUUGAAGUAUUAAAAGUUGUUAUUUUACUGCUUUUUAACUGUGUUUCCCCACACCACCCCAGUCAAACCGCAGACUGGAGUGAGUAAUUCAGAACAGAUUCUAGAUUUAUUCUUGUGGCUAUUUAUAUCAUGUUCUUCUAUAAAGUGUUGCCCCUUCAAUUGUGUUGAAUUUACUUUUCACUAUUAAACUGUACUUGUUUUAUAGCUGUACAUCCAAAUGCAAUAAAUUUGUUCCUCAUGAUUUUUGCUUUUCAGUUAGCUGACCCACUUUGGUUUCUUAAGGUUUUGAUUUAUUUUGACAUUAUCUUUACAACAAUUCUAUAGUUCUCAAAUUUCUAAAAUCUGUCUGGUAGAAUUUUUUUUAGAAGUGUGAAACAGUAAAUAUUAAUAUAGUUUAAAGAGCAAAAUACCUGUGUUGCUCACGUAAGUCAUCCAUUGAACAGAUAAAGUGCCGUGUGACUAUCAGUAGGACUGUCGUAUCCUCAUUGUAGUAUAUGUUGGCUAGGAGAGAGUAAUUUAAAAAGUCAAAUAUGCCUUAUUUAGGUUAUGUAACUAAGCUAUUCAAUGUUGUGCUUCUAUGUGUACCAAAUGUGAUCUUUAAAUAUUUAUUCUGCUCUUGUCUGUCUGAAUUAAAUUGUAAGUAACACCUUGUGCUGGAAACACUGGAUGAUUGAUUUAAAAUGGAUUUUGCAUGUGUUCUACAAGCUAUAUAAGAAUUUCAAGAUCAAAAUAAUUGCUCUUUUAUUGUAUUUGGUAAAACCAUAUAAUGGCUUUGGCAAAAAAUAACUUAAAAACUUCUAUAAGUGUUUACUAAUAUUUUUAAUUUGCUUAACCAGUAGUACGUUUAGUGCUUCAUACACCUCCCUUAUGCCCCUUUCAAAGGCUUUAAUUCAUUUGUUUUGGUCAAAUCAUUUUCAAAAAUGGACAAGUACAUUGUUUUUACUGAAUUAUAUUUGAGGUAGUUGCAGAUGGUGCAGAAGUUUGACCAGCACUGAUGGAAGCCAAGGAGCAAAUUGUCUCAAUUUGCUUGUGCUAACAGCAGUGUAUGAUGUCAGGAAACCAAUUCAUAUUCAAACAUGCUUUGAAAUAGAUAAAACUUCUUAUUCACUAGAUUAAAUUGUUUAUUUCCUGGAAUUGCAUAUUUGCAAGUGAACCCGCUGUUUUGGUUUGCAUAAAGUUGGCAAGUUCUGUUGAAGAUUAGCAAAAUCAAGUAAUUUUCCUGGUUCUUGUGCCACUUUAUGCCCUGUAGUAAUGUAGCAUGACAAUGGUUCCUUUCAUUUUUCUUCCAAGCAGGGAGCUUCCAUUCGAUUUUUGUUUAGCAUUUCCUUACACAGCCAUGAAGAGAGAACUCACUAAAGGAAUGUAUUUGGUGCUUUCACUGGCUUUGUUUUUAAACUAAAAUCCUCUUUAUUUCUAAGUAGAUGUUGAAACCCAGCAUUCGCUGACAUCUUUUAAUGGGUUCAUGAAAACUGAACAUAACUUUUAUGAAACUUUAAAAAUAUGUUCAGUAAGAUUUAGAAGGUAAUUGUCAAUUUUUAUUUGUUUUCGUUGAAAGCCCAUAGAGGAGUAGUUGAUGGGGCAUUUUCUUGCUUUUUAAACAUUUGUCCUCUGAGUUUGUAGGAACUUUCCGUCAAAGCUAUACUGGCUUGAGAACUGGAGUUCCAGUGUAAGUGUUUAAGUUACUUGGUUGCCAUUGCCUUCCAUUAGGUUUUGAUUAAAACGUUAUGCAGUGCAGUCAAUAAAACUGCCUUAUUGUAUGUCAUUCUAUUCUUAUCUAGCUCCAAGAAGUUAUAUUGCUUAAUCCAUCUAAAUAUUGAUUGCAUAGUGGUUUGAAUGGGUGUAUCAUUCACUUCUACUGAAGAAGCAUCAAUCAACUAACCAUCGUUAUAAGAUGACCAAGAUUUUAUUGUUUUUGUAUCAAAUGUACUAUGUAAAUUAAUUGGUUGUUUUCUUAAAGUUUGUAUGGUUCUCUGCAUUCUAGAAAAAAAAAUGCUCUGCAAACUACAGAGCAGAAUAGCAUAUUCCAAUAUUUAAAUUUUUAAGAAUGGCUAGAUACCAGUGACACAAGGGCAAACCCGCUCAUUAGCGUGUGCCUCAUUCUGUUUUAAUGAGGUCUGUUCCCUCUAGAGCCCUAACAAGUUUAAACUGAUAAAUAAAUCUGCAAUGUUAAAUUACUUUCAGUCUUCUGGGACUCAAUUUUAGCGGAGAUUAAAGCUCCACUUGAAAAUUACUUGUGUUUUACACCAGAAAAACUGGAAAGCCAUUUUGGGUAUAGCAGUUUUGUGCAUGUAACUAAAAGCAUUAGGAAAGUAUGAGCAGCAGUAAAUGACUUGUGCCAAAGCAUACUUUACAGAGGUUCUGUAAUGCUUGGACAAUGCAAAGGUAGAGGGUGCAGCAAUUUUUAAUCCAUCUUUUUAUUGCUUUUUUUGUUUGUAGCUCUUCUACUGUGUUCUUUCCUAGAACCUUGGUUAAGGAGAGUUUAUUUAUCGUCUACAUUAGAUUUGAAUCAUUUAACUGCAUUUAACAGCAUUUAACACUGUAUAAUAAUUGUAUAUUUAAUGUUUUGCUUCUUGAAAGCCAAAUGUAAUUAUGUCAGGUUGUACACCUAAUGUAUUACCUCUUGUUUUUCUUGAAAUGUUUAAAAUAAAAUACUCAAAAUUAAAA